CCUCCAUAUGGAACUAUGGUUCGUCCUGUAUAUCCUCCUCGAGUACCUGGAGCGGUUAAUGUUCUCCCGGUAUCACGUCCCCCUGUUGCAGGGGUACCUCCAGUUCGCCCUAUUAUUCCUCCUGUUGUCAGACCUGUGGUUGCUCCUAGUGUUACUCCAGCUGAGAAGCCACAAAUCACGGUUUAUGUUGGCAAGAUUGCACCUACUGUGGAAAAUGAUUUCAUGCUUUCUAUUCUUCAGUUAUGUGGACCAGUUAAGAGCUGGAAACGUCCUCAGGAUUUAUCGAAUGGAACGCCUAAAAGCUUUGGCUUUUGUGAGUUUGAGACUGAUGAAGGGGUUCUUCGUGCCUUGCGUUUGCUUACUAAAUUAAAUAUUGAUGGGCAAGAGCUAAUGCUGAACAUCAAUGAAACUACGAAAGAACAUCUGAAGCGGUAUGUUGCGAAAAAAACUGAAGAUUCAAAGAAAAAAGAAACCCAGGUAGCAGGUGCUGAAAAAGAUGAUGAAGGUGCACAACCUUCUGAUGGUGGUGGGAAAUCUGAUGCCGAGGACUUAAAGAAAGAGGAUAGUGAUUCACAUAACAAGGAAUCCCUUGAUUUUGCUACCUUCGGCAUUGUCACUGAUGAUGAUAGGGAAGCUGAUCGAGAGGCUUUGGAAAAGAUUACGAACAUGAUAGAGGAGAGGUUGAAAACAAGACCUUUGCCUCCACCGCCUGCACAGACGCCUGGUGAUGGCUCUGCAAUAACUUCAGAACAACCAGCUAAAACAAGAGAUGGAGAUUCUGAUGAGGCUAUGGGGAGGAAUGAAGGAAAUGAAGAUAAAACUGAAAAAGAUGCAAACAGUGACAUCAAACAAACUAGUGAACAUGAUAAGCCUGAGACCCCUGAUAGAAGGCAUGACAGGAGAAGCAGAGAGAGGGACCGAGAUAGGGAACUAAAACGGGAAAAGGACAGGGAGCUUGAAAGAUAUGAACGAGAAGCAGAGAGGGAACGUAUUAGGAAAGAAAGGGAACAAAGAAGGAGGAUUGAGGAUGCUGAGCGUCAGUAUGAAUCAUGUUUGAAAGAGUGGGAGUAUCGAGAAAGGGAGAAAGAGAAAGAGCGCCAGUAUGAAAAGGACAAGGAAAAAGAAAGAGAACGCAAACGGAGAAAGGAGAUACUAUAUGAUGAAGAAGAUGAGGACGACGAUUCAAGGAAGCGGUGGCGUAGAAGUGUAUUAGAGGAGAAGAGAAAGAAGAGAUUGCGUGAAAAGGAAGACGACUUGGUUGACAGACAAAGAGAAGAGGAAGAAAUUGCCGAGGCCAAGAAGAAGGCAGAGGAGGAUCAGCAACGGCAACAGCAGAGAGAUGCACUGAAACUGUUAUCUGACCAUUCUAUAAAUGGCGGUGAAAAAGCCAUGGCUACUGAAGAGGCUGCCAAUGAAGUAAAAAAUGUUGUUACAGAACACAAUAAUGCAGUUGAUUAUAAUCAUGAAGGCCAUAUAGGUGAUGUCAAUUCACUAAACGCUAUGAAUGAUGAAUCAGCCAUGGCAUCUGUCUCAGAAAAUGAUGCACGAUCAAGUGCAAAUGCUCCUGCAAAGAAGUUGGGAUUUGGUCUAGUUGGGUCCGGAAAAAGAACAACUGUCCCUUCUGUUUUCCACGAGGAGGAGGAUGAUGAUGCACACAAGGACAAAAAAAUGAGGCCUUUGGUUCCAAUUGAUUAUUCAACUGAGGAACUGCAAGCUGUUCAACCUACUUCCGCUGGGCCAACACCUCCAAAUUUGGCUGCUGCUGCAGAAUUUGCAAAGCGUAUAUCCAGUGCUAAUCUCAAAGAAGAGAAGCUUGAUGGAGAACGAGAUAGAAGUAAGCGUUCAAGUGAGAAGUCUAAUCACCGAGACAGGGACAGGAGUGAUGAAGAUGGCACCCACAACAGAGAUGACCACAAGGAGAAAACUGACCGUGACAGAGAUCGAGAUCAUGGAUUGGACAAAGUAAAGACCUCGGAUAACAAGAGACUCUUGGAUGCAAAACAGUUAAUUGAUAUGAUUCCAAAGACCAAGGAGGAACUGUUCUCGUAUGAGAUAAACUGGGCAGUGUAUGACAAGCAUCAGUUGCACGAUAGAAUGAGACCGUGGAUUUCAAAGAAGAUCAAAGAGUUUUUGGGGGAAGAAGAAAAUACAUUGAUAGAUUACAUUGUUUCCAGUACGCAAGAACAUGUGAAAGCAUCCCAGAUGCUAGAACGUCUUCAAAUAAUUUUAGAUGAAGAAGCUGAAAUGUUUGUUCUCAAGAUGUGGAGGAUGCUUAUCUUUGAAAUAAAGAAGGUAGAGACGGGGCUUGCUUUGAGGACGAAAUGAUGAUUUCUCUCAGGAUUUUAAGUUUAGAGUUCUGCUGGAUUGAGAUUUUUACCACCGUCCCCAUGUCUUCAUCCUAAAUUGUAAAUUAAUUGCAUGACCGGUUAGCCAUAAACAAUUUAAUGUAAUUUUUUCUGUCUCUACUGAAUACUGAUCCGAGAUUCAAUUAGGCUUUUGGAUAAAUUCGUUUCCUUUAAUGAGAAGGCUGCACUUUUUGUCAUGUUGAGAAUAGUGUAAAAGUUAGAACUUCGGUGUUGGCCGUUUUUCUUUUGUUUGUCAAGUGAAGUAGUGAACUGUGAACAGUACAUAGUCCUUGGCUGCAUGAAAGAAAGGGGUGUCACCCUAACUUCAUAA